AUGAACCUAGAGGUCGACUGCCCAAAGAAUUCAUACAUUGCAGAGGGCGGCUUAAUGGGAGCAGCCGGCUUCGGUGCUGAAGAAGUCUUCCAGAAGAUGAUUAGAAGUUACAACUGGUUUGAAUAUUUCUACGAACACGGAUGGGGCAUGGCCAUCGGCAACGCCGUGGGUCAACUGAACACAGGAACAGUUGGAUAUUUCCUCAAUCAUGGCUUUUAUCACGAUUAG